CGAAUCGGACCCUCCCCCUCCUCCCUCUCCCUCCUCGCGCCCCUUCCCCUCCACCUCCACUCGUUUCGCUUCUCCCCCCGGACCACCAGGUCCACCACCGCCGGCGGCAGCGACCGGCAGCCACGCCCACGCAAUGCUGGCGGCCUCCCUCAAGCCCGCGCCCUCCCUCGCGGCCUUCUCCCCUUCCGCCCGGAGGAGCCCCGCGGCAUCAGCCUCCUUCCCCUUCCCUGCCCGCCUCAACCAGCGUCCGCUCCUCUCCGCCGCCGCAACCGCCGAGGGAACCGGUACUCCCGCGAGCCAGGGAGACGCCUUCUCCUACUCUUACACCGCCGCCGCCGCUCCCCCGAUCGAUGAGGCGCGCCUGGCCCAGUUCGCUGCGGACUGGGAAGCUGCGCGCGCGGACAAGGAGCAGGGGAACAUCCUCACGCUGCCGGUGCUCAGGUCAAACAGCGGCGGGCUCAUCGUCAAGUACAACUCCCUGCAGGGGUUCGUGCCCAACCCUCUCCUCAGCCCCGCGCACUGGUGUAAAGUUAAGCUUGCAGACCCCAAAAGGCCCAUCCAAGAUGUUACCAAGGACCUAGUAGGGACGUCCAUUUCUGUCAAGGUUUCUGAAGUAAAUGAGGAGGAAAGGAAGCUUUUCUUCUCCGAGAAGGAUGCUAGUUGGUCAACAUAUUCUUCCCAAAUCAAGAUUGGCGACAUCUAUGAUGGAAUCGUGGGCUCAGUGUUCCACUAUGGUGCAUUUGUUCACCUGCGAUUUCCUGAUGGAUUAUAUCAUCUUACUGGUCUUGUACACCUCUCUGAGGUGUCUUGGGAUCUUGUCCAAGACGUCCAGGAUUUUCUAAAUGAAGGGGAUGCUGUCAAGGUCAAAGUGGUCAAUGUCGAUACGGCGAAGUCAAGGAUAGCUUUAUCAAUCAGACAACUGGAAGAAGAUCCUCUAUUGGAGACAUUGGACAAAGUUAUCCCUUUGGAGGCUGAUCAAUCACCUGAUCGUGUCAUGUCUCCAUCAGAAGUUGAACUUCUGCCAGGACUUGAUGGUAUAUGUAAUGAACUAUUGCAAGAGGAUGGUAUAAUAGACGUACAGUUUGGGCGCCAAGCAUUGGAGAAACGUGUUGUUUCACAAGAUUUGGAGCUUUGGCUUUCCAACGUGCCAGCUAAGGAUAACAAGUUCACGCUUCUUGCACGAGCUGGGAGGCAGGUCCAGGAAGUGUAUUUGACAACUUCCCUAGACCAGGAGGGGAUAAAGAAGGCUGUGCAAAGAGUACUAGGGCGUGUUCCUUGAGUCUGACCACAGGAAGUAGAAACAGAGGUGUGCCAAUCCUCCCCAAUUUUCUAACUAGAGCAUUAUAUUGAAUCGACAGUAUGAGCAGACAGUUGAAAUAUUCGUCACUGUGCCACACUCUGCUAAAUUUUCAUCACUGUUGUAUGCUACACCAACCAAAAACUGUAAAUAUUUUCAGUGCUACCAUGAAUAGGUCAGCCAUACAUUGUGCAUCCGUUAAACAAAUAUGUGGUUUUGGAAAGUGGUUCUAUGUAUUUGCUGUGGUCUGCACUUCUUAUAGUGUGACUUCAGUUCAUCACCUCUUGUACUUGUCUGAACUCUUGAGGCGAUUUUGUGUAUAUGAGUAUAUGUAAGCUUUAUGACACUUCUAACUAAA